GACGUCCUCCCUGCGAUGGAACGCCGGCACCAAGGAGCGGAUGCUGAUCAAGGUGACCGACCGCGAACCCAGCUUCCUCAUGCACCAAGGCAAUGGCUACGCGCCCGAAACCCAACCAGGCAGCCGUUCGCGGCGACCUUCAGGAGGCCAACAGUCGCCCAACCUACAAACCUUCGCCCCGGACACCGACAACUCUGUUUUCUUCCCAGAGAGGAAGCAGUCGCCCUUCUUGAAGAGGGCUGAGCACGUGGGCAGCUGCUCACCGCUGCUCGCCCAGCAUCGCAAGCACUCCAGUGAAUCGCAACCCUCCUCGCCCCGCUACGCCUACGAGCCCCCCCUCUACGAGGAACCCCCCAUGGAGUACCAGGCUCCCAUCUAUGACGAACCCCCCGUGGACAUGCAGUACGAAGCCAGCGGCAGCUACAAAGCCGGCUCGCCGCAGAAAUCGCCCAUCCGUAAACCUCACCCCUUCCUGCAAUCGCCCAAGCAAGGCUCCAACUCGCCCUACCAGCAGUUGGUGCUCACCAAACAGAAGUGUCCCGACCGGUUCAUGAGCCUGGAGUACAGCCCCGCCGGCAAGGAGUACGUCAGGCAACUGGUCUACGUCGAGCAGUCGGGCUCCAGCCCCAAGAUGAAGACGGGGUUGAGGCACAAAUAUUCCCCCAACCCCAUCGGCGGCUCCUACUCGCUGCAGCACAGCCCCUGCCUGAUCCGCGACCAACGCUUGGACAUCAAAUCGGGUGACUACAGCAGCAUGGAGGGACCUGACUUCUGCCCUGGCCCAACGGGUGGCCAGGUGGCCCAGGGCGAGGACUCCAUGUCGUGGUCCAGCCAACAGGACACCUUGUCCUCCACCGGCUACUCACCCUCCACCAGAAAGAGGAAAAGCCGAAAGCCUUCCCUAUCCCACGACCCCAACACCUCCUCCACGGACGGCUCGGGGGACCGGGAGGUGUUGGGCGAGCAGAUGCUGGGUGAGGAACGAGCCACUCCAGGACCCAACAGGUCACCCAUGAACGUACGGAAAGCAACGGAGGCAGCACGGGGCUUCCCCGAGCCCUUCCUGGCACAGGCACGCCUGGCUUGGGAAGCCCAGCAAGCCCACUACCACAUGAAACAACGGAGCAGCUGGGAUUCCCAAAAAGACGGUUCGGGCUAUGAGAGCGACGGUGCCCUCCCUUUGCCCAUGCCGGGUCCAGUGGUGCGAGCCUUCAGCGAGGAUGAGGCGUUGGCACAGCAGGAGAACAAGCACUGGAAGAGGAACACCUUUGAGAAGCUGGGCUUCCCCCAGAUCCUGCUGGAGAAGAGAGUCUCGGUGCAGACGAACCUGGCCUCUCCCGAACCCUACCUGCAUCCAUCUCAGUCGGAGGAUCUCGGUGCCUGCGCCCAGUUCGAGAGCAGCAGACAGACCCGGAACAUGAUGCCUAGCGCCAGCUGUGUCUUCCCCACCUUCAACCUGCGGAAGCCCUCCUCGGAGACGGACAUUGAGAACUGGGCCUCCAAGCACUUCAACAAGCACACCCAGGGGCUCUUCCGCAGGAAGGUGUCCAUCGCCAACAUGCUGGCCUGGAGCAGCGAGUCCAUCAAGAAACCCAUGAUCAUGACCAACGACCGCAACGUCAAGAAGGAGGCGUGCGAGAUAUUUAAACUGAUUCAGAUGUACAUGGGGGACCGGCGGGCCAAGACGGACCAACUCAACGUGGCCUUGGAAAUCGCCACCAAAGGCUGGAGCAUGCAGGGUCUGAGAGACGAGCUCUACAUCCAACUGUGCCGGCAGACCACCGAGAACUUCCGUUACGAGAGCCUGGCCCGGGGCUGGGAGCUCAUGGCCAUUUGUUUGGCCUUUUUCCCACCCACUCCCAAAUUUCAUUCCUACCUAGAAGGAUAUAUUUACAGGCACAUGGAUCCGGUGAAUGACACUAAAGGUUCAGCGUCACCUCUGCUGGGGCUGGCCGUAAGCGAGAGGUCCUUGAACUUCUCCUGGCCU